UCCAAACCUCUCGGUAGAGCCAGGUUUUCUCCAGCUUGCAACGGUAUGUUGAAGUUGAUACUACUUUUGAUAGCUGUUGCUGUUGCUAUUGGAGAUGUUGAGUUUGUUCAUCACAACAACACGAUGCUUGCAUCUGUCCUGCAGAAGAUUCACAACACGUGUCCGGACGUAUCCCGUCUCUACACCCUGUCUGAGCCUAGUGUACGAGGAGUUCCCUUGUACGUCCUCGAGUUCUCCGAUAUGCCGGGGAAACACGAGCUCCUGGAACCAGAGAUGAAGUAUAUCGCGAACAUGCACGGAAACGAGGUACUGGGACGUGAGCUGCUUCUCCAUCUAGCAGAUCAUCUUUGCUCCGGGUACUUGAAGGGGGACAAGGAGAUAAUCAACCUGAUUCACUCAACCAGGAUACAUCUUCUCCCCAGUAUGAACCCUGAUGGUUGGCAGAUAGCUACAGAUAAUGGUGCUAAGGAUUAUAUAGUUGGGAGAACUAAUGCUAACGAUGUUGAUCUUAACCGAGACUUCCCUGAUCUUGAUAAUCUAGUGUAUAGAGGAGCAGAGGAUAAUCAUCAUCUCAUGAAGGUAUCUGCUAAUAUGCAUGGUGGAGAUCUGGUCGCUAACUAUCCCUAUGAUGAGAGCAGAGGGAACUCCCAGUCUGAGUACAGUUCAAGUCCUGAUGAUACGACAUUUAGAGAACUAGCUCUAGUUUAUGCUCAGAACCAUCCCAGGUAUUCAGUGCCGGGAGGUAUGCAGGAUUUCAACUACUUGGCCUCCAACGAUUUUGAAAUCACUCUUGAACUGGGAUGCGAGAAAUAUCCAUCAGCUGACAGCCUGCAGGGUGAGUGGGAAGAUAAUAAAAAAUCUCUAAUUGAGUUUAUCUGGACUGCGCACUCAGGUCUGAAAGGAAUGAUCACCGAUGCGGAGACUAAGAAGGGUAUCCGAGGCGCUGUCAUCCACACCCGUAAUAUCACUAGAAUAGACAGGUUCAAGCGGCGCAACGACGACAUUGAUCAUGACGUCACGUCAGCUCGUGGGGGAGAUUAUUGGAGACUUAUUGCACCAGGAGAAUAUGAAAUAAUAGUGCAAGCUGAGGGGUAUUCUCCACAAGCUAAACUAGUUUCUGUUCCUGAGCUCAGGCACCAAGAAGCGGUAAGACUUGAUUUUAGCCUGGUUCCAUUACCCCAGCAGGAGUAUUCCUAUGAUGAACCUCUAAACCUUCCUGUUCAGAAUGAGGAGGCGUAUAACUACCAAGGGGAGUAUAACUCGGACUACUACAGCCCUCAGUAAACAAAAAAUGUUUUGUCACUAUCAUCGUCUUUGGCAACGAUAUUGAUAGUCACUAUCAUCGAUUUUUACAACGAUAAUAAAAUUAAUUAAUUUUGUCCUUGACAACGAUCUAUUGAUAGUCACUAUCAUCGUUUCCUGUCUAAUAUAUUGAUAGUCACUUUACCACCACGAUAUAGAUAGUCACUACCACCACACAAUACCAACUUAUUAUACUAUCAGCUAUAGUGCUAAUCACAAUACCACCAUUGACUUCCAGAAUAUUGAUAGUCACUACCACCUUUACUGUCGACGAUGUAGUAAAUAUGUUUAUUGUUCACUGUACACAAGAUAGUCACUACCAUCACUAUUUGAUCAACAGAAGAAUAAACUAAAUGUUAAAAAUAUAAUUUUUACAACUAUAACUAUCCCGGAUAAAAACUAACAAAACAACUUUUGCAUUUAAUUUGUUGAGAGGAAA